AUGUAUCUCGCUGGUUUCUACUACCUCUUGCACGUACUUUGGACAAUUCCCACUUUUGUACUAUCUCAUGCUGCUUCACGACCCAAUAGUGCAUUUCAGGUUUCUUCUCUCCCCGGUAGCCCCGCUCUCCCAACCAGCUGGUCUGGUCGAUUGCCGGUUCCGGGGAAACAGGGCAACGAGAUCUUCUUCUGGUUGUUCGAAGCAGAAGAUUCUGCGUAUGAUGAAAAUCUAAUCAUCUGGCUGAAUGGUGGCCCUGGUUGCUCGUCGCUCAUAGGCCUCAUAACAGGGAACGGACCCAUUUCCUUCGCCGGUAACUCCACUCGCCUCAUUUCCAAUCCAUACUCCUGGACGAAGCUGGGUCAUGUUCUUUACGUGGAUCAACCCGUCGGCACAGGUUUCUCACGCGCCAGUGCUCUAGUCCGAACCAAUGAACAAGUGACAACGGACCUAGCAUCAUGGCUACAUGCACUCUUCAAGCAAUUCCCGCAUCUCCAGGCCAAAAAAGUUCAUCUGAUGGGCGAGUCGUAUGCGGGGAUCUUCGUGCCCUACCUCGCUUCCGCCCUACUAGAAAGCAGCAACGCAUUCCCAAUCAACAUCCAAUCUAUCUCACUGGGUGACGGAUCAUGGGGCAAUGCCGCAGCAAUGUCCUCCGUGGCCAUGGGCGCAUACAUGCAUUCCGAAGCCCCCCGCCUCGAUGUCCCCGAGAACAUCCUCACGGCAUUCGCGGCCGCUGAUGAGAUCUGCGGCUUUGACACAGUUUUGGAGAAUGCUCAUACUUACCCUCCCAGUGGCAAAAUUCACAUCCCCGGUAACCCAGAGAACAUCAACUAUCGUCGAAGUCUCCAACGCCGUGAUGGGACUGACCUGGGCAUCCUAGAUGGAUCAUGCGGUACUGACAUAGUCGAACCACUGGGCGUCCUGGAAUCAAUGCUCAAUUCCUCCUGCUACGGUCCCUGCGCCACAUUUUCUACAGCAGAGAAUUAUAUGUAUGCUCGUUCUGAAGUUGAAAAAGACCUCGCUUGCUUCAGCAUCUAUGAUCUCACAAGCGACUGUACUACUGUCAACCCUCUCCCGCUGAUGGAAGAGUAUUUCAGCCGCGAGGACGUGCAAGAAGCUCUGCAUAUCGCUGAAAGUGGAACGUACACGGCUUUUAACGAUACCAUAAUCGCAACACUCACAGGGGGCGAAUUUGUCGAGCCACCUGAGUACGCUAUUCUGCCUUCGCUUGUCACAACGCAUAAUGUCUCACUGCACAUCUACAACGGGCAAAUGGAUAUGCUGAUCAAUCAUAUCGGAACGGAGUUGUCGAUCCAAAAUAUGACUUGGCGGGGUGAACAGGGGUUUCAGGAGAAGCCAAGUCGAUCCUUCUUUGCUGAUGAUGCGGCACCUGCUGCCGGGUCUGGAUCGAAGGGGAAGGGGGAGACAGUUGGAACUUGGGCGGCAGAGAGGGGAGUCUCGUAUCAUCUCUUUGAGGGAGCUGGACACAGUGUUUUCGCAACGAAGCAGAUGGAGAUGUUUGCUUUUGUGCGAGAUGUUGUGGUGGGUGGGAAGGCGGGUUGA